AUGGAUCAGAAUCGAGGGUUUCGGGAAGUAGCGCCCCCCGAUGAAGCUGAGCAGCAUGCGCAGCGAAGUCAGCUAACCAUGAACAAAACCGGCAAGCGAAGCUACCAAAGAGCUUGUAAAGUUGCCCUGGCGAAGGGAGCAGCACUUUACAAAGGCCGUCUUCUGACAGCUCAGGCUCUAGGAGCUCAUGAAGGACAAUUCGCGUCUCCUGCGAAAGCGGAGAAGCGUUCUUUUCAACCGAACAGACAGAUCCAUCACAAAUUUGACAUGGAAGUCCUUACUUGGAACGCAGGCUCAAUUACAAGCCGAGUUUGGAACGAGAUUCUGGCCCUUUUGGCAACAACAGAGUACCAGAACAUCAAGAUCGUUUUCCUGCAGGAAUCGCAUUGGCAGCAGGACCAGGUCUACAGCUCAGGCCCGUGGUCAGUCUUAACCUGUGGCUCAACAAGCAGACACAAGGCUGGCCUGGUUGUCUUGGUGCAUAGCUCACUGGCUCCUCUUUCAGAAAUUCGCAGCACUUCCAUUGUUCCAGGGCAUUUGCAGCACGUCAUGAUCCCGUGGCAGAGAUCCAGAAUACAUCUCCUGAACCUGUACCAGCACGUCUGGGACUCAAAGCUUUCGAAGACGGAAAACAGAGGCAGGAGAAAGGACGUGAUGACACAGCUCGAAAAUCGAAUACAGAGAGUCCCGCAACGUGAUUUCUUGAUUGUGGCUGGGGAUUUCAAUGCGCACGCGGUGACUGAACGUCCUCAUAUUGGACCAAGUGUGCCUCAUCGAGUACGGUUUGCAAAUGCGGAUGUGAAGACACUGCCCUCGCUCUGCAAAUCCUGUGGGCUCACUGCGCUGAACACAUGGGCUUCUGGCCAUCGCAGUACGUAUACUAACAGUGAUGGCACAUAUUCCUCUCAGAUCGAUUUUAUGCUGGUCAGACUGCACGAUGCUCGGAGGAGAUCCAAGGAGGCCUACUCUGAUAAGAACUUUCCUGUGGCUGCCUACAGAGAUGGAUCAAAACAUUUUCCAGUGCGAGCUACUCUGUUCAUUCCUCCUUACAGUCCUACACCCAGCAAGCCACGGCCGUUUGAUGCCACAGCCCUGGAUGCGAGCUUUCGGCGGAAAGAUGACAACUGGCAUGCAUACUCACAUCGUCUGACGGAAUCAGUGGUGAGGACAAUGCAAGAGAGACCGUCUUGGCAAGAACUGGAUGAAGUGAUGGUUCGUGUAUCAGCUGAGCACUAUCCUACUCCACGCAAGUCUCAGCCAGCAGCAGGUCCAAUUCAUCAGGAAUAUUGGAAGAAAGUGCGGCAAAUCCAGGCGCACAAGCGGGCUGGAACCGAGCAUAAUCCAGACUGCCAGAAGCUUGUGGAGGACAUCAAAGAGGAGGAAACUUGCUCCGUGGCGCCCAGUGCAGAGAGUCAACCUAAGGGAUCAAGCAGGCCCAUAGGAGUCAUCAGCGUGCCAGGUAAAGUGCUAGCAGGCGCAGUGAAGACUCGCAUUGCACCAGCAUUGCAGGUGAGCUCACAGCUUCAGCCUCAAUUUGCGUACAUUCGGCAGAGGGGGGUGCGGGACGCUAUCGCAAAAGCAUGUCAGCACCUUGAUUUCGCGCAGCAGCUCCGUCAAGAGCAUCGCAGGGACCUGCACAAGUCCCAACGAGGAGCUAGGCAGGCUCAGCUGUCAGGGGCACUCACUAUUUCGGUUGAUCUGAGCAAAGCUUUUGAUUCUGUUAAUAGACAUGAGUUGCUAGCUGCCUUGGAUCGCCUGGGAACAGACCCUGUUACGAAAGGACUGGUAGUUCAACUACACAGUGAGACCUCCUACAACAUGGGCACAGGUGGACUAGAGAUUCAAGUUCCCACUUCUUCAGGAAUCAAGCAAGGUUGUAAGCUAGCCCCGGCAUUGUGGUCUGCGCUGACACUUCUAGUCAUGAGCAGAAUGGAGCAGAAAUGGGGCCCAGAUAGCAAGCAAGCUAGGGAAAUCCUAACGGUCUUUGCCGACGAUUUCCUGCUCCAGGAAACCUUCACGAGCUUUCCUGAACUUCAGAAAGUCCUGCUCAGAAUAGAGGCUCUCUUUCAGUCUCUUGAGGACGUGGGGCUGGAAGUCAAUCCAGCGAAGUCCAAAGCCUUGCUAAUGGUUCAGGGCACUCAGCAGUCCAUCUUUCGCAAGAAGCACACGAUGCGCAAAGAGAAGCAGUUGCACAUCGUCCUUCCCUCAGGACAUAAGAUUCCGAUUCAUCACAAACUGACAUAUCUAGGGGUGCAGCUCAGCUAUGGAUCCUACAAAGACCAGACUGUUGACUAUAGGAUCGCCCAAGCUCAAGGCAAGUUUGAGCUACUUCGACACAUCCUGUGCUCCACUAAGGCCUUGGAGGCUUCAAAGAAGUUGGAGAUCUGGAGGGUCUAUGUGGAAUCCUCACUCUUGCAUGGGCUUGUGGCCACUGGCGUCACCUCAUCAGGUCUUCAGAAGCUUCAGAGUAAAUACUCUAGGAUGCUAAGAUCCAUCUUUAAGCAACAUCAGCACUACAGCCAUAUUGACACGAAGACUCUGUUCGAGCAAUACAAGGUUCAGUCUCCUCAAGCAGUUUUGAUUAGCCAGAUGAAAAACUAUCAAGACGCACUAGAUGCCUGUCAGAAGUCCAACCCGGAUCAGAACAUACAGUGGCAUCUGGGGCUUAGAGAUGAAGAUGAUUCUCCAACCAAGAAGAUCAGACAGGCUGAACCGAAGAACCUGCCAAAGCAGAAAGCCAAAGGAAGGGGUCGGGGCACUGGCCGGGGCGCUUCAAAUGAGAAAGUCCUACAGUCCCUAACCAGGCUGUCCAUCAACCAUGAGGACUCGCUGAACACACUUCAGCAGGAACUGAGCUGGGUCAUGUACCUGACCACCGGUGAGCUGUCCAUUCUACCGAACAUCUAUGCGGAGAAGUCCAAAGACGCUUCGAAGUUGUCUACUCCAUUCAGAACUCGAGCCAUGAGAUUGGUCUUGGAGCAGACCUUAGAAAGAGUAGAGCAGAUUCAGACUAAAGAAGACGUGCUAGCGGAUGCGGAGAAAGAGGGUUGGGUGGUACGUGCGAAGGACACCGAAGCUCCAGCCUUUGUCUACCAGCAGUGGAGCAGUGAGCAAGAUAAGACGGUGCUUGACACUGCUCGACGGGCAGUCCCCGCUGAAGACGUUGUUCAAUUGCUCAAAACGUGCUUGGAGGAGCUUGCGCAGCACCCACAGUUGAUCUCCAGGCUCAUGCCAUCACGUCCGAUCGUCGAGAAGAUGACAGGUGGCCCAGUUCGAGUUCACAUCCAGGUCCAACUCCAACAUCUCAAAGGUAAGUUCCAUCAAGCCCUGUCCGGACUCACGGACAAUGCAGUCUGGGCAGCCAUUGAAGGCUCACUAAGGACCAUCGUCGAGCAGUGUGAGGCCACGAGCACAACGGCGGCCAGCUCAGAACCACUGAGCUGGCGGGACGCACAGCGCCAGGCCCGGCGUAAGCCGAAUCACAACAGAGGAGGCAAGAAGGCCAAGGCAGCUCCGUCCUCACAGCCUGUCACUUUCCUGCCGAGAGCGGAGGUUUCCUCCGCGGAGGUUUCCUCCGAAAGAACUCCAGAACAAGCUGAAUCCAUUUCCUUUCUGGUUCCUGAUUUUGAUCGGAGGGCCAGUGGGCAGGCAUCAGACUGGAACACCAGCACUCAUGUCCAGAGCCGCUAUGCAUGGACCAAGCGUCACAAGGAGCGUGAACAACUGGAUCCGACUAAGGAUGUCAUGGAGGAGGCCAAAAUAUUUAUCCGUACAUUUCUGAGAACGCGUAAAGGUCCGAGCAACUCAGAUUUGACUGCAAAGUUGGGAGAUCCUGUCAUGCAGGAAGACUGGGUGCGCUUUCCCCUAAGAGAUGUUGUUCAGAGAUGCACCGGCACGGAUGACAGAGUGGGCUAUCAUGGGACCAAAUUGGAAUCGCUCUACUCGAUCCUGUAUUUAGGAAAGUUGCAACCGUCCCAGGAUUCCUCUCAAGGAGAACAAUAUUUCGAGGGCUACCCAGGAGUCUACAUCCAUUCCGGCAGGCAUGAGCGCAAGGCGGAGUCAUAUGUGACGCAUGUAUGGUUUCCCAUCUUGAAGGAAGGCAACAAGUCUCUACGAGCAGUUGCGGCCAAAUUAGCAGUGUCGUUCGACCAGGCUGCAGGAUCUCUCCGUGGCUCCAAAGCAACGGAUCAGUACAUUCUCAGGGAAGACUACGUCCAGCUCGAGGCGCUGUUGCUUCACAUCACAGACUCACUGCCUUUGGGGACCUAUGUGCAGACUGGCUGGAAUCCCCUUGCGGAAGCUGCCCCAAUUCAACGCAUAGCGAGGGAAAGACCGGAGGAGCCGAGUUCAUACAGAAAUCCACCAAGAUCCUCCUCCCAACAUGCCAAGGAAUCAGCUGCCUUUCAAGAUGAUGAUAACUCCACCUGGCAGGCCGCAGCUCCUCCUUGGAGAGGAAACAAGGCAAUGGCCUCUGACCAAAGCGCUCUGCCGACCUCCUUGCACCAGCCCGAAGAUGAUAGUGAUGAAUCCUGGGGGAUUUGGUCACCAGCUGCUGAUCCCGCAGGCACAGAUCUACAGGAUCCACUUCAUCAAGAAGUCCCACAGCAUCAAGAGGGAGGCAGAAGAGAGCACGCCUGGAAGCCAGCAACUCAGCAAUCACCGAGCUUAGCAGAUCUGGAUGUUAAUCUUGAUCGACUCUCUGGACGGGGCGCUCACGAAACCAGACGAGAGAUGAUAGGCAAGCUCCUCACACAGGCUCUCAGACAUGACCCAGCGAAGUAUGGCAUUUCGCUAGACACUGCUGGCUAUGCCAAUCUGAAAAGCCUUCUCAAUUCCAGGCAAUUCUGGCGGGCUGAAGUGACAGUUCAUGAAGUACAGCGAGUACUGGAAAUCUCACAGAAGGUCCGCGUGGAGCAGAUGAUCUCAGAGGAAGACGGGGAAAACUACAUCAGAGCCUUACAGGGUCAUGGUCGUGACAUCCCACUGGAAGACGAUCAACUGCAUGAGGUCCUGACCUCCUCAACAACACCUGAGUGGGGUGUCCACGGGACGAGCUGGCGGGCCUGGCACCAGAUUCGAUUCAGGGAGGACUCCUCAGUGGAGAUCUGGAUCCACCUGCCGUCUUUGAUCGACAGUGGACACAAAGUGCGUCGGGCGAAGAAUGGAGUACUGCUGACGCGUGGACCCAUUGACCUGUCCCACAUCAGCACUGUCAUAGAUCGGCGCACAGGUGAACUUGGCGUCGCGAAGUCCACAAGCAGUGGCAGGCACUUCCUUCUGCAGUUCCUAGUAGUUGCAGAGGACCAGAACAUCUCCUCCGAGACAACCAGCACAAGGGUUGCGGAGUAUCUCAACACUCACAAGGUGAAAAUCCUCGCUCAGUUCAUGAACUACGCACAUGAGGUGCUCCAAGCAGAGAGGAUGAAGACACUACUUUGGGCAGUACAGUCAUUGCCCGGAUAUGAUGAAUGGCGUGAAAUCAAGGCGUCCCGGCGCCAAAAGUUGCGGAGCAUCAGCCUACGAUACUUAAGCCUGAUGAGGUUCACCGAGCUUCCCACCACCCAAGGAACGUGGUACUACAGCGUGAUCCUCACCGAACUCGAGAGCUUCUAUCGUGAGACGCACAUUAUCCGGUAUACCUCAAGCAUGCUUCCGCCGCAUCUUGACGCUCAGUAUCAACAAGAGGUUGGGCAGGUGCGUGAUGAGUUCUUUGCAGAGGAUGCGGAAAUGAACAUAGCGAUAGCACAGUGGACCACAAUUUCGGCAGGCUGCUUUUGGCUGACGUCAACCGAUGCUCUGAACAAUCAGGUAGUGAGACCUGGCAAUCAGGAGGAAGCGAUCCUCCCGAAGUCCAAAAGGGGCGUGAAGUACAAACUAGCAAAGACUGCUGGAGCUCCCAAGGCGGGUCCAGCCAUGGAUCAGAAUCGAGGGUGUCGGGAAGUAGCGCCCCCCGAUGAAGCUGAGCAGCAUGCGCAGCGAAGUCAGCUAACCAUGAACAAAACCGGCAAGCGAAGCUACCAAAGAGCUUGUAAAGUUGCCCUGGCGAAGGGAGCAGCACUUUACAAAGGCCGACUUCUGACCGCUCAGGCUCUAGGAGCCCAUGAAGACCAAUUUGCAGUCUCUGAGAAGCCAGAGAAGCAAUCUUUUCAGCCGAUCAGACAGUAUCACCACAAAUAUGAAAUUGAGGUUUUAUCUUGGAACGCAGGUUCAAUAACGAGUCGAGUUUGGAAUGAGCUUCUGGCCAUUUUGGCAACACCAGAAUAUCAGAACAUCAAGCUUGUGCUGCUGCAAGAAUCCCACUGGCAGCAGGACCAAACCUACAGCUCAGGUCCAUGGUCAGUCCUCACCUGUGGCUCUGAGAGUAGACAUAAAGCCGGCCUCGUUGUCCUUGUGCAUCGAUCCGUGGCCCAGCUCUCAGAGAUUCGCAGCACCACCAUAAUUCCAGGGCACCUGCAGCAUGUCAUGAUUCCUUGGCAGAGGUCUAGGAUCCAUCUACUCAAUCUGUGUCAGCAUGUUUGGGACUCCAAACUCUCCAAGUUGGACAAUAGACGACGGAGGAAGGAUGUGCUGAGUCAACUUGAGACUCGCCUUCGCAGAGUGCCUUUGAGAGACUUUAUGCUUGUUGCCGGUGAUUUCAACUCACAUGCAGUCACAGAGCGUCCUUUCAUUGGGCCCAGUGUGCCUCGCCGAGCCAGAUUUGCCAAUGCAGAUGUUAGAUCGCUCCCAGAACUGUGCAGAUCUUGUGGGCUGACAGCGCUCAACACAUGGGCCUCCAGCCAUAAAAGCACUUAUGCAAACAGCGAUGGCACAUAUGAGUCUCAAAUUGAUUUUCUGCUAGUUCGACUGCAGGAUUCCCGGAGGCGGUCGAAGGAGGCUUCCUCCGAUAAGAAUUUUCCAGUUGCAGCGUACCGGGAUGGCUCCAAGCACUUCCCGGUCAGAGCCAAACUGUUUGUUCCUCCACACAGUCCUCCCCCAAGCAAACCAAAGCCCUUUGAUGCCACUGCACUUGAUGCCAGCUUUAGACGAAAAGAUGAAGACUGGCAGGCUUAUUCCAAGCACCUAACAGCUGAAGUAGUCAAGAGUGUGGCUGAGCAGAACUCUUGGCAAUCGAUCGACAGGACGAUGGUUCGAGUCACUGCUGAGCAAUUUCCACCGCCUCGCAAGGCUCAGCCAGUUGCAGGGCCCAUUCAGCAGGCUUACUGGACAAAGGUGCGCCAAAUUCAGGAGCACAAGCGAUCCGGUAAUGGGCAGUCUCCUGAGUGCCAACAGCUAAUCAGCGACAUAAAGACAGAGGCCCAAUCUUUCAAAAAGUUGCAGAAGCAAAGAAAACUUGAAAAGCAGGAGAGGCUCCUUCUUCAAGCCCAAGAGGACAAGAGACAGCAGUCUCACAAAUUGUCCCAAGCCCUUAGAAAGCUGGCCCCAUGGAAACCUGCUCAAAGGGUCAAUCUCAGGGAUUCAGCAGGUGAGCCCCUAGAUGCGAAGGCCUCGGCAAGUGCGAUGCGAGAGUAUUCGAGUCACAUCUUCUCCAAGGGAUCUCCCCUGGAUCCGGUGGCAGCCAGACCACGAGAGGCUGUCAAUGCCUCGCAGGUGGCCGAGCAAAUAAAAACAAUUCCGGUGGGCAAGGCGGUUCCCAGCAUGUCGGCCCCGGUCUCGGCCUGGAAGAGCUUAGCGCCUGAGGCUCAUGUGAAGACCGCUGAUCUGAUAAACACAGAGGUUUCUCAGUCAGAUAUCUCACCGUACUUGAAGGACCCCAGAAUUGCAUGGAUUCCAAAGCCGGGUAAGCCAGCUACAGCUAUGAAGAACUUGAGGCCCAUAGGAGUAAUAAGUGUUCCAGGCAAAGUGCUUGCAGGUGCUGUCAAGACUCGCAUAGCACCGGCACUGCAAGAGCGCUCACAGCUUGAGCCGCAGUUUGCAUAUAUUCGGAGGCGAGGGGUGCGAGAUGCCAUUGCAAAAGCGUGUCAGCAUCUGGAUCUCGUGCAGGAAAUGCGCCAAGAGCAUCGCCGGGAUAUGCACAAGGCACAGCAAGGUCAGAGAAGGCUCCCAUUGGCAGGGGCCUUAACAGUCUCCGUCGAUCUGAGCAAAGCCUUUGACUCUGUCAACAGACAAGAGUUGCUUGAAGCCUUAGACAAGCUCAACAUAGAUCAAACCACUAAGGACUUUGUUGUACAACUCCACUCCUGUACAUCGUACAACAUGGGCACUAAUGGGCUUGAGUUCAGUGUUCCUACUUCUUCGGGAAUAAAACAGGGAUGUAAAUUAGCUCCUGCAUUGUGGUCUGCCUUAACCUUGCUAGUCAUGGACAGGAUGGAGAAGAAGUGGGGGCCUGGCAGCAGUCAGGCAAGAGAUAUACUCACUGUCUUCGCUGACGAUUUUCUCCAUCAGGAAACUUUUAUAAGCUUUGCCGAACUGCAGCAGGUACUCACUCGGCUUGAAGCUUUGUUUCAAUCCCUCGAGGAAGUCGGCCUUGAAGUCAAUCCAGCGAAAUCCAAGGCACUGCUCAUGGUGCAAGGCACUCAGCAAUCCCUCUUCCGCAAGCAAUACACCAAACGAUUAAAAAAUCAGCUCCAUUUGGUUCUUCCCUCGGGGCAUCAGAUUCCGAUUCAUCAUCAGCUGACCUAUCUAGGAGUGCAACUAAGCUAUGGUGCUUACAAGGAUCAAACAGUAGACUACAGGAUUUCUCAAGCCCAAGGCAAAUUUGAGCUCCUUAGGAGUAUCUUGUGCACGACGAAGGCCCUUGACGAGGCGAAGAAACUAGAGAUCUGGCGAGUGUAUGUCGAGUCUUCGCUCUUGCAUGGCAUAGUCUCCACGGGAAUCACCCACACGGGACUGCAAAAGCUCCAGAGCAAAUAUUCUCGGAUGCUCAGAUCUAUCUUUCAGCAGCAUCAGCAUUUUAGUCGAAUGGAAACCACAGAGCUGUUUGAGCACCACAAGAUCCAAACUCCUCAGGAAGUUCUUCUCAGGCAAAUGAGGAACUAUCAGGAUGCGAUGGAUGCUGCCAAGCCAACAGGCAACUUACAAACGAUCCAAGAGUACCUGGGUCUACGCAGCCGGCUGAUUAGCCAACAGCAGCUACUUCAAUCCAUGCAAUUGGCUCUGGCCGAAGAAGAUCAUGCAGCCAAAGAGCAAACCAGUUGGGCCUUAAAUUCCAAGUCUUCGCACAUAGUCUGCAGGGACUCCCGCAAUGUGCAGCAUGUCACAAACAGCUGCGCACAAUGCAUCAGCUUCGCAGACAUGUUGAAUCGGGAACAUGUUCAAAGCUUCCAGAGCUGA